CACUAUCCCACAUCAAAUUUUUCGGCACCGCUGCAUCGCGACGAGAUCAAAUCUACAGGAAACCGCGCGAGAUCAACCGGCUUUUCAACUCUUCCGAAAUGCCGGAGCAGCCGUGCCUAGCGCCGCGCCACCGCGGAAUCGCCGGCGCGGAUGCGUGAAUCCUCUCACCUGCGAGGCUGCGACUGCGACGCUACACACACUGACGUCUCGGUCUCAAAAAAAAGUAGUUGUUACACUCCUCCCGGCAUUCGAGUCCCAGACGAAUCCGACGCCGAGAUAAGUGACGGGGGAGAUGGAGAUUGGUCGUCUCGUGCGGAAGCAGACGCAGCCAGGCUGGGCACCAACCACCCGAGGAGGAGGAAGACGACGACCACUCGCUCUCGCGCUCGGGCGGCUCUCGUCCCGUCGUCCGGUGCGGUGCCGCUGCCUCGCCGCCAUGCAGACUUCGCCGCCGCCGCCGUCCGUGCGCACGGUCUCCAUCCCCUUCUCCGACCUCAAGGAGAGGGAUAGGGACCUGAGCGGGAAGAUCGAGGAAGGGCUCGGGCCCAACGGGCUCGGGAUCAUCUCCAUUGCUGACGUGCCUGGUUUUCCCGUGCUAAGGAAAACGUUGCUGCGCCUGGCACCAAAAUUUGCAAACCUUCCUGAAGAUGUGAAGAAAGAACUUGAAGACCCAGACAGCAGGUUUAACUUUGGAUGGAGUCAUGGGAAAGAGAAACUUGAGUCAGGGAAACUCGACACAUUCAAAGGCUCCUUUUAUGCCAACCCAAUUUUGGAUGCUCCAACCACUGAUGAUGUACUUGUGAGAAGGUACCCAUCUUAUUGCCGAACAAAUAUAUGGCCAGCCAGUCAUCUUCCUGAGCUCGAAAUAGCAUUUAAAGCUCUUGGAAAGCUGAUGUUGGAAGUUGGCUUGAUGUUGGCUCAUCAUUGUGAUCGCUAUGUAAUGCAGCAAGGAGUGGGACCAUAUGAUGGUGAAAGCCUUGAGCAGACAAUUGCCAGCUCAAGGUGUCACAAGGGCCGCCUUCUGUAUUACUACCCCCGGCAAUUUAGUAAACAAGAGGAAGGUGGUUCUGUUUCAUCGUGGUGUGGAUGGCAUACUGACCAUGGAUCUUUAACAGGACUUACAUGUGCCUUGUUUACGAAAAAUUCAAUGGAGAUCCCCUGUCCUGAUAGUGCUGCUGGAUUGUAUAUAAGGACUCGUGAUGAUAAAGUUGUUAAGGUUACAUUUGAGGAGAAUGAAUUGGCUUACCAAGUUGGAGAAACCACUGAAAUACUAUCAAGAGGUCGUCUAUGUGCAACUCCACACUGUGUGAAGGCCCCCAGCAGUGAAAACGCCUCGAAUGUUGAUCGUUCGACCUUCGCGAUGUUCAUGCAACCAGAUUGGGAUGAAAAGCUCAAGUUUCCAAGUGAAAUUCCGUAUCAUCAAGAGUUGAUCCCACCGAAUGGAACUCUUACAUUCGGGGAGUAUUCAGAAAGAUUGGUGAACAAGUAUUACCAGGGAAAGACAUGAAACACUACAAUACGCAUGCAAUUUUCAAUUGUUGUUUGUCCGUUUCGUACUAGCAGUGAAAUCGUCAGUGCAACCUGGACAAACUUAACUGUUAGGUUCUCUGCGUGUGUUUUGAACUGGAGAUUCGAGCAACCAAUCAUAGAAAAAAUGUGUCUACUGUAAUUGUUUUUUCCUUACGAUAAAAGCAACAACACCGGUGGCAGCGUCACCUUUUCUUGGUUCAGUUUCCACUA